CUGGAUGUUAGUGAAUUCAAGUUUGAAAAACAAGGUAAUUUUUGUAUUUCUCAUAAACUAUUUUCAACUCAUUUGUUUGGUUUUCUUCUCUUCUAAUGAGAGAGAUUGAGAGGAUAAUGACACAAAGAAUUUCCAAUUACAGAAACCAAGAACUGAGAAAAUACAGUUCAACUUAUCUAUACAUCUUCCAGUACACAUGAUAAGAACUUAGAAAAAAAGUUGAAAGCUUCUCUCUCCUGGGAAUUUACGCUCCCAGCUCUUUUCCGAUGAGUAACCAUGCGGUUGGCUCGAUUUGUGGUUGGUGAUGUAUUUUAUUCGAGCGUUUCUUGGUCGUUUUUCGCAGAUAAUCCCAAUUCUUCACUGAAUUUAGUAUUACAAGUCGAUUCAAGGCCAAAAAACCCAGGUUUUGAGAACUGUGUGUGCGUCGUUUUACUGUUCAUGUUCCUUGGAUUUGUCCGAUUUGAGCCUGUUCUUGGUCGUUGAAGUCUAAUUGAGCCGGAUUGCUACUGUCCCCGGCCUCGAUUUUAAGAUUGGAAGGAGUGAAUUCGGUUAAUACGCGACUCCGAUACAGGGGCUAGCCGUAUUCGACCUCUGUCUGACCUGCUAUGGCCUCGAAGAAGCUACAGGGCCCUGUUACCAGGUCGAGCUUCGCGGUGCUGGAAGAUGAUGAUGGCAGCGAAUUUCCAGCACUGCUGCCCGGACUUGCGGCAAAGAAGUCGAAGAAAAACGCUGGAGCUAAAGUACCUGCGCCUAUUGACUUACCUGUGGAUACUCCUGCUGCGGGUAAGACUCAGGCUGCUUUAAAUGGUACUACUUUGAUUAUGAGUGGAAAGGCAGGUCAAACUGGAGUUAUUGGUGUGGGUAUGUCUUCUGCUGCGGAUAUGCCUACUGCUGCUGCAGUAAAUGAACUAACUGCAGGUGAAAAUUCAACUGCAAAGGCAGCAACUUAUGCCCCUUGGAACGCUCUGUUUAAGGACAACCGUGAUCCUAGGUGUGGUAUCAAACUGAGAUAUAUCCCUCCCAAAGGAGAUACUUUGGACUUUGGCGAUCGGGUGCUACCAUCCAUGGUUGAAAUGUGGGGGUUUUGUCUAGUUGGACACUUCGCCGGGAACUUCCCCGGACUCAAAGCGGUGCAUGACCUUAAAGCUAAAUGGGGUGUUAAAUGCCUUGUCAGAUCCCACAAAAAGGGUUGGUUGAUCUUUAAAUUUCAAAGUGAGGAGGAAAGAUCAAAGGUACUUCAAGGAGGACCAUAUACUGUGUUUGGUAAACUUCUAAUGCUCAAGGUACUUUCGGAAAAUUUUUCGUUUGAGGAUGAAGAAUUUCUAAAAGUAUCAAUUUGGGUAAAGUUCCAUGAUCUACCAUUGCAAUUAUGGAAUGAUGAAGCCAUGAGUGAGGUGGCUUCCAUGGUUGGGGUUCCUAUAACAACGGAUAAAAUCACACAAGAAAGGAUCAACAAUGACUAUGCUAGAGUGUUGAUAGAGGUUGAUAUCUCGAAGCCACCACCACUCUCGUUUCCUAUAUGGCUACCUUCACAAAAGGUAAUCAAGCAAAGUGUGGUGUAUGAAACUUUUCCUAGUUAUUGCUUUCUUUGCAAAGAAUUUGGGCAUCACCCGUUUAUUUGUAAGAAGCUAUCUAAAUGUGGGGUUGGGGCAAAUAAGGAGAAGGAAAAACUUGAUGUGGUAGGGGCUGAAAUUGUUGUAACUGAAUCUGUCACUGACCGGCCAGAAGUUGCCCUGGAACCAAGCCCGACCGGGUCUCCUCCUUACCCGACCGGGUCACAAGGGAAACAAGUUGUUGAGGGUGGAAGCCCGACCGGGUGUUCCCCUAACCCGACCGGGUCCAAGAAGCAGACUGCUGCAGUUUCUAUUGGGGCCACGCCGCGAGUCCAAGGGCCUUCCGAAGUUGAACAAAAGGUUAAGAAAAACUCAAAUGAGGAUCAUGUGGCCAAUUUGGAAGAAAUUAAGAGGGUAGUUGCUAAAGAAAAUGAUUUACAUCAACAAGAUGUGGUCAUCAAAUGUGAGGUACUAAAUGGGAAGACAUUCAAGUUGUUUGUCAAACCGUUUAGAUUUGUGCACGCUAGCGUAAUAAGAGUGGAUACUUCACUCCGACUUACGGAUGAUUUGGACAAAACGGGCCUAACUUUUACUGCCAAAUGUCUUGAGGCCAUACCGGGUGUUACUAAGAAAAAAGGGGAAGUGUGCUUUGACUCAAAGUUCACUACUCCUUUCCGGGCAUUCUUUGGAUGUUAAGUUAGGAAUACCUAAUUAUUGUUGAAGUAGUCUUUUGUAAGAUUGUCUUUAGUUUUAUUGAGCCCAUUAGGUGGACGUGUGAGCGCUUGAGGCUGUUUUUGUGAUAUUCCGUGUAUCGGGAUAUGCACUUUGAUUGUACGCUUGAUGCAUUGUACUAUGCUAUUUUUCUGGAUAUAUAUACAUUUACAUUUUAUCCAAAAA